ACCAUCAGUUCCUCCUCUACCCCCAACAUUGCCACCCCCACCUCCACCACCUCCUCCACCUACUGCAGUUCCUCCUCCGCCACCACCUCCAGGUGAAGAAUCAACCAAUUCGAGUGCUGAUGUAUUGACAGAUUUUCAGGUGGAAGAUGAUUAUGUCAGAGAUGCUUCACGGGAAACAGUGGAUGUCUCCACUUCAGAAAAACGUGAGUGUAAUCCUGUUUUACACAAUGUUUUGAAUCAAGAGAACUUGAGUACUUCGAGUGUAAGGGAAUCCAAUCUUGAAAGCAGUAAUUGUGAAAUCAAUCUGAAAAAUGUUUCUGUUGAAGGCCCAGACAUGCCUGACAAAAGUAACUGCCAUUCACCUGCAAAUUCUGGUAAACUGACUCCAGUGACAAUGGUUCUGGAAGUCAGUGAGAAAAUAGGUGAUGAAAAUCCUCGGAAGGAUGGUCCAGUUUCUCCUCACAUUGCAGAGCAAGGCGUAGAUGUCAGUGGAAACAAUGAGAUGGCAAAUAGUGUAAACUUCCAGAAACGUCCUUUUUGUACGAUGGAAGUGACUGAGGUGGAUGUGCACACCGAGCCAGAUGCGGACCAUGAUGAGGAGACUGGAUUAAAUGAUGUCAGAUCAGAUAACACAAGUGAAGGUGAUCCAAUGGAUUUAUCAUCCAUGAUAGUUUUGGAUGAAGUAGGCCCCACUUCCUCCCCAGAACCAGAGUAUCCUGAGAAGAUUUGCCUAACAGUGCUUGAUGAGGUGGGACAUGUUGACAGUAUAGAUGAAAAUGAAGAGCUUUUACGUACUAAAUUAUUGGAAAGUAUAUGCGAGAAGUCUAGAUCAGCAAAGCAAAAAGAAAUUGGCAGUGAAAGCCAGUCACAGAAGCCUGUUUCGAGACAAAGUGCAAUAGUAAUUCCAAAAAAGUUACCAUCUGUGAAGCGUGAGAAGAGUGUGGCUAAGUCUGUACAUAAUUCUACGCUGAGGACAAGAGGGGCCUUCAAGCGCAGUCUGAAACCGGCAUUUACUAGGAGAAAAUAUAGCUCUCUCAGUCAUAGACAGGAACAAGGAUCUUCAGAUAGGUUUAAAAAGCAGAAAGAGCUUGUAAGUUACAGAAAACCAGUUCGGAGAUCUCAAACAAAUAAUGGUUCAUUGCAAGUAACUGUUGCAAUGACAGAAAGCAAGGGCAAUAGUACCAAGAGAAAGAUAAUCCCUUUUGAUGGAGGAAAAGCUGUGGAACGAUUUGUUAUACGCCUCGAUGAGGACACAGACAGUGGUGAAGAUGAUGGAGGCAAACAAACUGUGAGCAGUGGAGAACAUAGGGUUGUUCAUAUUAGUGAACAUGCAAACAGUAAAUUACAGAACUCUGCUCGGUCCUCAGAAAUAUUUCCUGUUUCUGGCUACAAGGAAGACAGUCAAAACUCAGAACCCACUGCCUUGUUACAUGUUGAGGGGCCACUCGCUUGUAGUACGUUGGGUACUGAAGUAGUUCCUGCCGCUAAAGAAUUUGAAGAGAGUCUUGACAUACUGCUGAAGCAGGCUAGAUCAGAGGCAGAGGCACGUGGAAUGGGAGAAGUGAAAUGUGUUGCAACAGCAAACAAUCCGAUACAAAUUCAUACAGUGGCAGAUAAUUCUCUGGUGCCAGGUUUGCAACGGAAAGACAGGACUGUUACCAUAAGGGACAUGCCAUUGACUGCAACUCCUUUGGCUGUUAGAUUUCUUCCGUCAUCACGACAAGAAGAAUAUAGACGUUUGAAGGAGCAGUUAGCUUUGAAGCAAAGGCAACUCCAAACUACUAUUGCAAAGCCUUCACUCCAGCUUUCCAGUACUGAAGUAAAAGGGGAAACUAUGACUGUGAAGAAAUCAACUCACAAAUUAAUACGAAAGAAUGUUGCUCCUGGAGGCAAAAGUGUAUUGAUGUCAAAGGUUUCUCCAGUUGUGGUAACCCAAGGUCACGGCACAAUAGGUACAGUCUCAAAGCAGGUGAAUACUACAUUAAUGAAGACAAGCCAAAGUGUAACUAAUAUCAAGGCUGUUGCAGGAACUGCGUCAAAUGAAAUCACUAGAAUAGGUUCACCUAACCGUAAUAUUGCUGAUAAAUUUAGAAAUUUUUCAUUAAAUGUAAAAAUUAGUGACAGUGGCACUAGAAUUGUAGAAGCUUCAGGAAUAAAAGUAAAUGCACAAAAUGCUAAUUUGAGAACAGGUACUAGUCUUCCUGUAAUAGAGCAGACAGAUCUCAGGAGUAAUAGCAUUUCCCCAGUUGUAAAGCCUCCAAUGAACUAUAGCCCUAAAAGCAUAAAAAUGGAGCGCACCUUUUCCAUCAAGUCUAAAGUUCUAGAUAUGCAACAUAGCUCAGUUACAUUGAAAAAUAAGAAUGUUGAAUUACCUUCUGCAGGUAAUCUCCUGAAGUCACCUAAGAAUUUAAUAGAAAGCAAAAAUUCUCACAAUGGUGGAAACAAAGAACUUUUAAGUAGUGCUGCUAAAACUUUAAGUGGUGUGCAGAAAGGGACUGAUAAAUCUUCUCCUGAGAUCUUCAGUGUCUCAGCAUCCACAUCAGCAGUUCCAGCUAAGCAACAACCAAUGAUGCAGAAAGUGCCAAAGGAUGUGCUAGAGAGCACUUCCUCUCAAGCAAAUCAACCAAUGCGUAAGGAUGAUAAAAGUGCACUUAACAGAACUGUACUUGAAGCAAGACAGUUGGAAGCUGCUGUUCGUGCAAAGUUACAAGAUUAUAGAAAAAGGAAAAGCACGGUAGAAAGCAAAAAACAAAUGGGUAACAUAGCUACACAAGUUUCUAGCCCUAUGCGUAAAACUUCUGUGGAGCAGAGAAAAUUUAAUGCGGGCAGUCUCUUGAAUUCUGAGUGUGUUAAACACAAAAGUGUUGCAGAAACCUCAAGUACUUCGGACCAGUCGUGUGGAAAAGGAUCAAAUUCCAAUACAGAACCCGACAAGGGAAGCAAUGUUCAGCUGAUGCAGCUGGAGAAUAAUCUUCUUAAGGAAAGGUGUGCAGUACUGGAUGAUAUGAGUGAACUAUCGAACUUGCUGCAGCAGAUAGAAAAAGAGAAAACAGUGGAAAGUGAUUGUGAAGAUGAGAUAGAGCAACUAAGGGCUAAACUGCAGAUGGCAGAAGAAAGGCUGUUGAAACAGAAGAAAAUUUUAAGUGAAAUGCGGAACCAUGCAAAAGAAGCUAGGCAGCGUAUAAAUAAAAGGUUUAAUAAUUAUAACUCUCUUGUGCGUGAAUGUCACCGUUUUGGGCAGAAAACUGUUGGAGGAUCUUACAAGGUUCCAUCAGGAUGUAGCCAGUUAUUAGUAGAGAAAGUGAAGCAGCUGUCUGUCCAAGCUAAGAGGCUAAAUUCCAAAUGUGCAAAAUCAGGUGAUGAAACCUCAGUUACCGAAAGUCCAUUGUCUGGUGUUGAAGCUAGUGAUAUGUGUGAGAUCAGUUUUGAUGAAAGUCAGUCUGACUCUCCUGACUUAAAGACAGGAAAAGUGAAAGGUUCUGAUUCAGAGGAUGUAAAUGGUAUUGACAUGCGGUCUCCAGUCAGAAAUGCAGAUCAAAGUGGACGGACUGAAGCAAGUGUUGAGAGUAGCCCAAUGGAAAAUAGUGCAGAUAAAAAAACUCAGAAAUGUUACAUCGAAAGUGAAUUGAAAGAAGUGACAACUGGGGUGAAACGUAAGAGUAGUGAUGUUUGUAGUUCUCAGUCAAAGCUACACACACCACGCAAGUUACAGAAAUAUGUUUCCCCUUUGGAACAUAUCAAGACUGACAGUGGUUUGGGUGUGGAUCCCAAUGUGGUUCUAUGUCCAUAUGAGCUUAGUGGAACAUGUCAUGAUGAAGAGUGUCCUUACCAACACCAGCAGCAGGCUAUUCUGUGAUUGCCUUCAUUUUGUACAAAUGCAUCCUGUGUCUUUCAUACUGUAAAUAGUUUUUAUUAUGAUUUCAGAUUGCUGCCAUAGUACAAUUAUUGGAGCCAUACCUGUGAGACUGAGACAGAUGCAGUUCCUCAACUGGUGAAAAGCACUGUUUCCCUUUGAGUAAUGACGGUGGUUGCUGUGCUGGAUGUGUGAUGGCUUUAUUAAACUGCCAUCUACAGCUGGGAUCAGAAGAUACCAAUUUAGAAGAAAAACUGGAACUGACAACUGCAUAUGAAUAUCUCCUUUUUUGCAGUUGACUUAGACAAUCUUGAAGAAAACCAAUUUCAUAAAUCUUCUUUCAUUGGCUUUUUUUGUGAAUGAAAUUUAUUUAUGAAACACAAGGACAUGGGAUAAAGUGUGUCUGAUAAACAAUGAGAAUGAGGAUAAAAUUGUCCAACUUGGCCGUGGCCGUGCAUAUUGUGUGUUUAGUGUGAAUCAAAUUAACAAACUAGAACUACGAAAGUUCCUGACAUUUGAAAUAAGGAGAAAUUGGAUCUGGUAAGGUUCAGUCAGAAAGGGAAAUGACAGAUACUGCCAAAUAAUACUUCAUUACCUGCUGAACAUAAAACAGUAAGAUGCAAGAAGCAAUAAAUAAGAGAUCCAGCAACAAGAGGACAAAUCGUAAGUGAAUUAUUAGACCGCCAAAAUUAAGUUUAUGAUAAGUAAAGCAUAAUUAUUUAUUUUUUCAUUUUGUAUAAACAUGUAUAUACUCAAUACCUGUAUCUUUUGAAGAUGAUUUUUAUAAAUAUAGAGACUUUUAAAGUUAA